AGAGGGCGCACGAACAUCAUUACUGUGAGCGAAAACACCACAAUCUCCAGCCACAUGCAGGCUGUCAAGCUUCCGACCAUCCAUGGUCCUUCCCUUGCCGGAGGAUUGCGUCCACACCCACCGCCUCAGAAGAAGGUGAACGGAUCCAGCCUCAAUGCUGAAGAACAAUUUCUGAUCUUUGAGCUCCGAUGCAGGGAGGACAAAACAGGGGAAGAAGUCAGGUUGUUUAUUACAGAGGGACAACAGGAACGCCCCGGCGCCUCAGGAACGCGACCCACAGGGGCCCGAAGCGAAACCUGUCUUCCGCCACUCAGUGUGCGGAGGGCAGUGUUUCAACCCAUCUCGGCAUACAAAGCUGAGGUUUUACAAAGUGGUCGCUGUAAACUUGAUACAAUACAUAAAAUGGAGAUCCUGCGUACUUGGGCCCAACGUGCUUCUAUGGAGGAAAGAGAAAUGUCCCAAAUAGAGCUCGGAGCAAAACAAGACUGGGCCAAUUAUGAAGCCUCUUUCCGUGACUCGAAUCCCUUGAAGAACGAGCAAAAGGCUCAGGAUUCAUUUUCGAAGAGGCUAAAAUUAGAAGAAAAGGAAAAAGCUCUUCUAAGAAAAAUCUAUCGUGUUCAAGACGCGAUUGAAAUUGAAGAGAUGCAUUUGAAGGAAGACCGUGAGCGUGAAGAGCGUGAGGAAGAGGGCAGCAAACAAAGCCCAGAGGACCUUGAAAAGUUAACGUGGGAGUAUGUGAAUUUCAUGUCCCUAAAUGAGGAAAAAGACAAGGUACUCAAGUACUACGAGGAUGAAAAGGAAAAACUUAAAAAGAAUGCAGACCGCAUGGAGGAGGAGAUACAGAGCAUGGCUCUCUGCAUCGAAGAAGAGCAGCAGAAAAAAAAUAAAGUGAAAGCAGAAGUGGAGAUGAUAAAUAACGUCAAGGACUCGAGGAGAAUGAAAAUUUGGACAAAGACCGAACAGUUGUGUGUGGAGCUCGCGAAGGUCCAAGCGAGCUAUGGGGAGCAGGCCUACAGCCCUGCGUAUCCAUUGAUGAUACUGCUCCAAUUGGAGGACUGGAUUUCUGACUCUCUGGAUUUGAUCGAAAACAUGCCAGCUGAGAGGCUCUACAAAAUACAAAAGCGGAUUUGCAAACAUUAUGAAAUCAGGGAGCAGGAACAGAAACGCAUUAGGCGUGAGACUUUAUUAGAAGAACGGAGGCAGAGAAGACAGGAGAGAGCGCUUUCUCUUUCAGUGAAACCGACCGGAAAAAAGCUGAUGCCACGUAGCCAGCCCCCGAAGAAGAUAAGAAAGAGAGAGGAACCAGUGGAAACCAAGAAGACGAAGGAGGAUUUAUACGCUCACUUUGUGGAAUAAAGUCUUCUCGAUCCUCCUCCACUGAAGAAAGAAAACCUCUCUCCUCCACGGCUUUCUUGUCCUCUGCAAACAAAAAAUGGACAAUCCUUAGACAACUUAGGUAUUAGUAUGUAUUAUCAGAUAAUUGAUAGUAGUAGUAGUAGAUAGACAUCUUAGAUAUUUUUAAGAUAGGAUAAUUGAUUGUAGUAGUACAUAGCCAUCUUAGAUAUUGGUAAGAUAUUAGCAGAUAAUUGAUAGUGGUAGUAGACAUCUUAGAUAUUAGUAAUAUAUUAGCAAGAUAUUAGUAUAAUUGAUAGUAGUAGAUAGACAUCUUAGAUAUUAGUAAGUUAAGAAUUGAUAGUAGU